GAUAAUAAGACACUGGACUUUAUGCUUGAGAUUCAGCAAUUGAUGCUUCUAUUGCACUUAGUUAUCUUCCCGGGGGCCUGGGAAUCCUGUGCCCGGUUGGGAAGAAUGACCACUAGAUGGCGAUCUUACUCACUGGUCCCAGCAGAGAGUAUUUAAGAAGCUCAUGGAGUGAUAUGAAUCAGCGUAAUCAGAAGGAAGUUAGAAGGCCUGAAGGAAGUCUCUCGAGAGUUGGGAAGGAAGAAUUUCUAGACUCCUCAUCAAGUUCUUCAUUUACACAGCUGCUAAAUCCAAGGCUACUGUGGUGAAAGCAUGAGUAAAAAUACAUCUGCUGUGGAAUCAUCUGGUCUACUUGAAAAGGACCCUGCCUUGCAGGUCAUCACAGUUGUGAAAGAAGCCGGACUUGGUCUCAACAUACUAGGAGGAAUUAAUCGGAAUGAAGGGCCGUUGGUCUACAUUCAAGAAAUCCUUCCCGGAGGAGACUGCGCUAAGGAUGGACGUUUGAAACCAGGAGACCAACUUGUUUCAGUAAACAAGGAAUCUAUGAUUGGUGUGUCAUUUGAAGAAGCAAAAAGCAUAAUUACUAGAACCAAAUUGAGGUCUGAAUCUGUUUGUGAGAUAGCGUUCAUAAGACAGAAGCAUUCCAGCGGUCAUUCAGAAACCCUGUCCUACGCGUCCUUUCUGCCUGCUUCAGGAGAAAAUGGGCCUCAGGCCUCAGCAUUCAGCCUUCUGUCUUCUCCCACCCAAGUGCUAAUUCCAAGGACCUCGUCCACCCCCAAAGCUCAGGAUUCCAUUUUACCUUCUUUCAAGAUCGAUCAGACAAAAACUGGAUGCAGGAAACCAGAAUAUACUUCGAUUACUGCCUCGAACAACUGUGCAGAUAUAUCUAAUUCAGAUGCUAUUCCUGCCCUGACUGAUAAUUAUGGACCACGGGGAAAGAAGAUUGGCCUAAAUCCCUCUGUUCGAAUGAAGGCUGAGAAACUGGAAAUGGCUCUAAAUUAUCUUGGCAUUCAGCCUACAAAGGAACAACAGCAAGCCCUGAGACAGCAAGUACAAGCAGAUGCAAAAGGGACGGUGUCUUUUGGAGAUUUUGUCCAGAUUGCCAGAAAUUUAUUUUCCCUGCAGUUGGAUGAAGUAAAUGUUGGAGCACAAGAAAUUUCUAACAUAUUAGAUUCACAGCUUCUUCCCUGUGAUUCUUUAGAAGCAGAUGAAAUGGAAAAGCUUCAGCGUGAAAAAAAUGAUGCCUUGGAAGAAAUGAAGACCCUCAAGGAAAAAUUAUUUGAAUCAGAGAGGCAAAGGAAACAAUUGGCAGAAGAGCUCCAGAACGUGAAACAAGAAGCUAAAGCUGUGGUUGAAGAAACAAGAGCUCUGCGAAGUCGCAUUCAUCUUGCUGAAGCUGCACAGAGGCAGGCCCACAGAAUGGAAAUGGACUAUGAAGAAGUGAUCCGUCUGCUAGAGGCCGAGAUUACAGAGCUAAAGGCUCAGCUUGCCGAGUGUUCUGACCAAAAUAAAGACAGUGUUCAGGAUUUAAGAAAGAGGAUCACAGUACUUGAUUGCCAGCUGCGGAAAUCAGAAAUGGCUCGAAAAGCUUAUGAGGCAUCCACUGAAAAACUUCUUCAUUUUAUGGAGGCUAUUCAAGAAGUGUUUUCUGAUAAUUCUAUUUCUUUAUCAAAUUUAAGUGAAAGAAGAGCUGCUUUUGCUUCUCAGACUUCCCUGACACCACUGGGAGGAAGGACCGCGCGAAACAUCCCAGCAACCCUGCUGCUGGAGUGUAAGGAACUGGUCAAAUCCGUCCGUGCCAUACUUGAUAUGGAUUGCUUACCUUAUGGGUGGGAGGAAGCUUACACAGCAGAUGGAAUCAAGUACUUCAUCAAUCAUGUUACACAGACCACAUCCUGGAUCCAUCCUGUGAUGAGUGUCUUGAACCUGUCUUGCUCAGAGGAGAAUGAAGAGGAUUGCUCUAGAGAACUUCCUGACCAGAAAAGUUGAUGAUUUUCUACAGGAAAUGGAGCCCCACAUGGUCUCCUGAACUCCCAGUCUACAAGGAUGACUGGAACAAGGAUGGGAAGCACCCAGCCCUGAGAUGCAGCACCUAAGACAGAAACGAAAACACAGAGUACUUGCUGAAGUAUGAAGUGGAGACUCUGGAUUGGGGGGUGUUUUUGCUAAACUUUAUGAUAUUGCUAUGUACGUAAAAGAGCAAUCACUACUACACGAGUUCUUUAGAAAUCUAGUCAUGGAUCUUGAAGUCACAUAUUUUUUCAUAUAUAAAUAGAUCUUUAUAAUUUUAUAUAUAGUUCUUUAUAAGAUUCAGUUUUUUAACUUGGAAAUUUAUGUGAACAUAAUGAAACACUUCAUUUAUUUGAUAAUUCUCUAAGCUUUUACAUUCAUAUCUUAGGAAAAUGAUCUCAGCAAGCUUUGGUGGUUUGAGAAUCUCAUUUACACAUCUGUCUCGUGGGCUACUGGAGACUGCAAAUGUCUUUAUGGGAAUUUCUAAUUUACAAAUUGCUUUUCACACUUCAUUUUAUUUAAACCGUGCAACAUGCCUGUAAGGCUGAUCGGGUGGGUAUUUUUUAUUCUGACUUUUCAGAGAGAUGUAGUACCAUGUAAGGGUGGAGAUUCAUACCUCAGUCUUCUGAUUCCA